CAUAUGUUCCAUGUCCUCUAAUAAUAAAAAUAAAAAAAUAUUAAAAAAUUUUUUUAUAUUUAAAAUAAAUAAUAUUUAAGUUUACCUUAAGAAAUCAGAUUGACUAGAAAUUUCUUCUCCAGGAGUAUAUAUUCGAGGUUGUAUAUCUUUAUUUUUUAAUAAAUUUAAAUCGGCUCUGUUUACUGCUAAACGAAUAUUAAUAGGUGGAUAUUCUUCCAUUGUAUGCAACAACUAUUUUUAUAUUAUAUAUAUGUAUAUAUAUAAAAUAAUAAUAAUUAAUAUUUAAAGAAGUAUAUAUGUAUAUACAUAUCUUUCUUAAAGUAUAAUAGAGGUUAUGAUUGAUAUUGAGGUUGAUUAUGAUGUAUUAAGGUUAAGAUUGUAAGUAGUAUAAAUGAAACAUAAUAUGAAGCAUCAAAUAUAAUAUCGUGAAAAUUAUUAUUUAUUUACUAUAAUAUUAUUUAGAUAUUAAAGUAAUAAUAUAUAGUUAAAAAAUUAAUUUUUUUAAUCGAUUAAAAUUUAUUAUUUUUAAUAAACAAAGGAAAAAGUAAAAAGUAAAUAAUUACUUCUAUUUUAUAAUGGAAGAUUUUAUUCCAACACGAGUAUCAAGAAUAAAAAAAGAUGCUGUAAAGGAAUUCGUAUCAGUAAACUAUGAAAAGCCGAAGAAAAAAAAAGAAAUAAUUAAAAAUAAAGAAAACAAUAAUAUACAAAAUUCUAAAUUUAAUAUAACAAAAAAUGAACGAAAUGAAAAUAAUGAUGAAAAAAAGAAAAAAGAAUUAGAAAUGAAACGUAUCAAAUAUGAGGUUAUGAAAUUUGGUAUGUCUGGUUUCAAAGGAAUAGAAGCAGAAGAAGCAGAAGUUGCCCUUGCUAUAAGUUUAGGAGCAAAACCUCCAAAGAAAAAAGGUAUCAAUUAUAAAAUAUUGAAACAUGAAAGAAAACAGGAAACGCAACAAAAAGAUAUAAAAUUUGUAUCAGGUCUUGAAAAAAGUUUGAAAAAUCAUAAAAUUAAAAAAAUUCAUAGGAAAAAUUCUAAUAAUUUAUUAAAAAUGUAUGGAAAAAUAAAUAAGAAAACUUUGGGUAAAAAAAAUUAAAUAAAUUUUCUUAAGUAAGGAAAUAUUUAAUUAUUGGAUAAAAAUUAAAAAAUUUAAUAAAAUAUUAACCAUAAACAUUUAAAAUAUUUUUAGUUAUUUUGUUUAAUAGUUACAACAUUAACUAAUUAUCUAACAGUAAUGUAUUUUAUGUAUUGUAUAUAUGACAAUAUAUAUUAUAACAAGUAAUAAAAUAAUAUUUUUAUA